AUGUCUGGCCCUUACGAUCAAUACAACCAGGGCUACCAGCAAUACCCGCCCCAAGGCUUAAUAGGCCAAUACCCUCCCCAACAACAGGGCUACGGACAACAGGGUGGCUACCCGCAACAAGGCUACCCACCUCAGCAAGGCCAGGGCUACUACGACCAGCAACAGCAAGGCUACCAACAGCAAGGCUAUAACCAGCAGUAUGGUGCGCCUGCUCACGGCGGCUUCCAGCAUGGCCAGCAAGUAGCGCCAUACGACCAGCAACAGCAAGGAUAUGGUCAGCAACAGCAAUACCCUCCACAAGGCCAGUACCCUGGUCAAGCACCAUCAGGACAGUUCCCGCAGCAGGGCGCAUACGCUGCAGACCAGUACCCGCAGGGCCACAAUGCGUACGGCCAGCCGCAGCAAGGACAGCAAUACGGCGCCACAGACCCCAAUAUGCAGGCUGAAGGCGACCGAGGCCUCAUGGGUGCUCUAGGUGGCGGUGCAGCUGGCUACUUCGGAGGCAACAAGAUGGGCGGUCACGGCAUUAUUGGAGCCAUAGCAGGUUCCAUCCUUGGUUCAAAGCUCGAGGACAAGCACAAGAAGCCGAAGCACGGCAACGGUUACCACUAG